UCCGCCCACUGUCCUGCUCUCUGUGCUCAGCUCUCUGCUGCUUCUCAGCUCGCAGCUCCUGCGUUCUUCAAAGAUGUCUUUGAGUGAGAAAAGCGACGCGGAGCUCAGCAGCUUGCUGACUGAAUAUGGCAUCAAACAUGGACCCAUUGUUGGCUCCACUCGGAAGCUGUAUGAGAACAAGCUUGAGAAGGCCAUGGAGGAGGCUCCAGUGAAGCCAUCUUCUGACAAGACGUACUACAGAGAGGAAGAGGAGGAGGUUACCUACAUCACAUACCACAGUCCGGUUCAACAGGAGGCCUACACCAACGUGCUGAAACGAAGAGGCAACGCUGAGCCAGACGAAGACGAAGAAGAUGAAGAAGAAGACGAGGAAUCAUAUCAAAAUACUGAGCCUCCUGUUCAGGUGACCUACAGAGCAGCCAAUCACAGCGCAGUACGAUCCAGCGGUCGGCCCGAACCCGUCAGGAGCACGUCAGGAGGAGGUCUGUGGAAGGCGAUUCGGAUGCUGCUGCUGUUGGCGGUGUUAGCGGCUGUUGGCUACUACGCCUACUGUCACGUGAUGAACAGUAACGAGAACCCUUCCAGCAUUGAGUGAGCAGAUUUCUUGUCUGUUGAGAACCGGCUGAUUGGAUUUUCCUCUAGUACCAUUGUUUACAGUUUUCUCAGUAUCUAUAACCAACCGUUCAUCCAAACUACUUCAGGCUGCUGGACUUAUGUUGUGUUGGUUUAUCAAUGCUAAAAUUCAAACUCAGAUUGUUGGGCAUAACGUGAGAGACGAGAUUAACACAAACCCCAUCUCUACAGUUAUUUGUCUCUUAGUUGAUGAAUCUAACAACAAAUCUGUGACUUACUUUUAAGAUAAUUUUUAUUUCUCAAUUGCUGCACAACUGAUUCACUCAAAAUAAAAAUCUAAAAUUUGUCUGAAUACGGUUCAAUAUUUUACUCAGUCAUGAUCGUCUGAUUUCCACGUCCCUGCUGUUAAUAUUAUUACCUUGUUGUUAAUCCUCUCAGAUGCCUGAUCAGAAAAAUAGUGGACCUCAAAUUCAAAAUGGAUUAAUUUAAACAGCAUCAAACCCAAAGUAGGGAAUCAGUAUUUUACCUUGAAUACUUCACCCAAACUUGUGGAUCCACUUAAUAUGCAGUUAAAAUAAAUGCUGGAAAAUGUGUUUUUGGAACAAUGUGGAGCAAACAAGUUAACGGAAAUGUUAAUUUUCUGUUUCAUAUACGGACAUUAAGGUAAAAAAAUCUAUAUGUAACGACAGGAUAGCAACAUGAGAUGACACACGAUGUGAUGUUACACUCACAUAACGCCGACGGUGCAGAAUUUUCUUUGUACACGUCGGUGAAAGAAUGAAGAAACAUGUAGAAUAUCAGUUUUACGAGAUUAUCCAAACCGCCUGCAUCUGACAGUAAACAGGACGCAUCAGUCCGUCUCAACAAAAAGCUCUGGGAUUCCUUCUGCAGCAGGUCGAUCCAGUUUACAGUCGUAACAGAGCACCACGCUGUUGACCUCUGUGUGAAAUACUUCCACCUUCACUAGUUUUUCAGCUGCAGCGUUCCGUGCUUUUACUGGAUGUUGCCAAGUUUGAAGAAGACUGGAUGAACGGUUAUUGAGAGAAACGAACACAUGUUGAGAUUCUUUCAUGUACUGGUUAGAUGUCAGGGACUUUUUUUUUCCAUUCCAACGCUUCUCCAUUAAUGUUUUAGUGGAGCUUUCCUCAGUCCAGUACACAGUUUGACCACUGUGGACCCUAGAAACACUCGGGUAUGACAGUAAUAUGACAAUCAGUAAAGCUUUAAAUGCUGCCAAUUUUCUAUAUUUCUUAGCGUCACCAAAUCCUAUCAAAUGACCAAAAAAAGAUGCGAUUAUACGUUUAUGCAAAGCCUUAUAUGUGUUAUUAUUCUGUGCCAAAGAGUUGCAUUUCUGCCCAGAUAGAAAUAAAAGUGACACAUCGGUGAGCUUCAGUGCUGCACUGGGUUACACGGACAUGUGCGCUAGUUUAUUUGGACUUUAUUUAGAACCAUGCUGCUGCCAUAAACUGUGUAUAAAAGAUGGAUGUAGCCGCUGAGGUGUUGAAACAAGCUGUUACUGCAGCAAUGUGUCAAUGUCAAGGAUGCUUCAUCGUCUGUUUUGCUGUAAAUGGGAUCAUAAUUUACAAAAUUAGCAUGAUUCUGUGAACAGAAAGUCUAAAAACUAGCAACUGAGACCAUAAACUCUUCAGGAAAAUCUUUACUGAGGUAACAAAUCAAGUGGAAAGUUGGGUUAUUUUAUAUACGAUCAGUCUUGUUUUUGCUACCAGAGGAGUCGCCCCCUGCUGGAUGAUAGAGAUAAUGCCGAUUUGCUUUCACUUUUGAGACCCCAAAGCUACAUCUGUUUUCUAUUUCUUACAUACGGUCCAUGGCUGCUGCUCCAAAUACCUGCGCUUUAAUGUAAAUGUGCUGCUUGUGAUUGCGAAAAACUGCAUGGCCCAGUUGUUUCAGGAAAUUGCUGAGUCAGACCUCAUUGAGACAUAAAAACUAGUCAUGCAUUUGGUUCUUUAAUAGGAUUUUUUGAUUAGAGUGGUGCUAGCUCUCUACUUUAAUUCCUUUGCUUUCUUCCUUUAAAGUAUUGCACUAUGUUUUCAAGCCAUUUUUUAUUCUUUUUUAUACAGCUUUUUCUUUCUGUAACAUGUGAUUUGUUCUCAUUUGUGAGACGUGUACACGAUAAUGUCACAUCGUACAAAAGACACAGGACUGCUGUUUAUGUUUUCUAACAAUAUAAUCAGGAGUUUGCAAUAAAUAUACAACAAAACACAA